GCGGACACACGGACACACGACGACACACGUCUCAGAGGAGAGGAGCAGGUGACCUAUCCAGAGAGCGCCACAUCCGUGUAGCAACUUGCUGAGUGUGUGCAUACUAUGGACUUUUUCGGAUUCGGGCGACGUGCCCAACCGACGACCUUUGCGGAGCGGUACCAGGUCUACCCGGUCUCGUUCCUCGGCCGGCCUGACCUUGAGACUGGAAACAAGAUUGUGCUGCCGCCGUCGGCACUGGACAAGCUUGCGCGGCUGUCGAUUGUGUACCCCAUGCUGUUUGAGUUGCGCAACGAGAACACUGGCUCCAUCUCUCACUGCGGUGUGCUGGAGUUUGUGGCCGAAGAGGGGAGGGCGUACAUUCCUUACUGGCUGAUGCAGAGCCUGCUGCUGCAGGAGGGCGGCAUCCUCACCGUCCGCAACGUCUCGCUUCCCCUCGGCACCUUUGUCAAGCUCAAGCCGCAGUCGGUUGCCUUCCUUGACAUCUCCAACCCCAAGGCUGUGCUGGAGAACUCGCUUCGCUCGUUUGCCACCCUCACCAAGGACGACGUCAUCAAGAUCCACUACAACGACCGUGAUUACUACCUUGCCGUUGAGGAGGUGCGCCCGGACACCCACAAUGGCGGCAUUUGCGUCAUCGAGACCGACAUGGAAGUCGACUUCUCGCCGCCUGUCGGCUACGUCGAUCCGUCCACAUUGGCUUCCAAGGUCUCCUCGUCGACUGCCGCGGCCUCUUCCUCAUCCGCUGCUGCCCCGGUCACCGCGGACGGCCUGGUGCUUGGCGCCGGCGCUGACGAUGCCAAGCCUAAGCAGAGCCCGAACUCGGACUCGGACUCGUACUCGGACUCGGACUCGGACUCGGACUCGGACGCUGCCGCCAAGGCCUCGUACUGGGCUAAGCUUGGUUCGGGGCACUCGCUCCGGAGCAGUGGUUCCACAGCUCGGGCCUCGGCGAGUGCGAGCUCCGCCAACGCUGCUGCCGAUCCGGCUGCUGCUCUCCCGCUCCGUGACCGCAAGGUUGCCUCGUCCGUCCCGGAGAACUUUACUGCAUUUGGAGGCAAGGGUCGCUCGCUUCGCGACUGAGCCCAAUGCAGGCCCUUGACUCUAAGCGCCAGAGGGGGCGAAGCAGGUGCAGGCACGUCGUGCGCUUGCGCUUCUACUGC